UCCGCACACCCCAUCAUGGCGCUGCGACCGGCGCUGCUCCUGCUUCUUCCCCUCUUCGGCUGCAGACUCUUGGCUGUGGAACUGACAUCCAGCAACACCAAGCCCGUGGUGCAGGAAUUCCAGAGUGUUGAGCUGUCCUGCAUCAUUAAAUCCACUGUAACACCAGAUCCCAGAAUCGAGUGGAAGAAAAUCCGAGAUGGCGAAACCUCUUACGUGUUCUUUGACAACAAAAUGCAGGGAGACUUUGUGACUCGGGCAGAAAUCCUGAGCCGGACAUCCCUGGUGAUUAAAAACACCACCCGGAUGGACACGGCCACGUACCGCUGCGAGGUGGCAGCUCCUUCUGACACCAAAACCAUAGAUGAGAUCAAUAUCCAGCUCACAGUCCAAGUGAAACCCAUGACUCCCAGAUGCGUUGUGCCUAAAGCUGUACCUGUUGGCAAGACAGCCUCUCUCCACUGCCACGAGAAUGAAGGGUACCCCAAGUCCACGUACAGCUGGUACCGCAACAGUGAACCCAUAUCACCAGACACGAAAUCUAAUGCCAAAUCCCAGAAUUCCUCCUACACCUUGAACCCCACCACAGGCACUCUGGUUUUCCAUGCUGUGCACAAAGGGGACACAGGCCGUUACUCCUGCAUAGCAACAAAUGAUGCUGGCUUUGCCAAGUGUGAGGAGCAGGAGAUGGAAAUCUAUGACCUCAAUAUUGGUGGGAUCAUUGGUGGAGUCCUGGUGGUCCUGGCAGUUCUGGUGCUCAUCACUCUUGGCAUCUGCUGUGCCUACAGAAGGGGUUACUUUGCCAACAGCAAAGAGAAUGGGGAAAGCUACAAGACUCCAGCAAAACCUGAUGGCGUCAAUUAUAUCCGGACAGAUGAUGAGGGUGACUUCAGACACAAGUCUUCGUUUGUCAUCUAAGACGCCGAAAGAAAACUGCAAACCAGCAAAAGCAAGUGUGCAAAUACCUCCUCCAGGAACUCAAAAGUGAGAGCAAAAGAUGAAUUAAGUGCGCUUGGAAGAGUUUGGAACACACAAGAACUUGACAGCUAGCUAUCUGUAUCUCUUUUUUUCUUUGCCAAAGUUUCAAGUAACUCCUCACUGCCCAACUUGCGUCUGUCUCCCCUGCCUCUGGAGAUACCAGCAGGAUCACCUAAACCUGUCCUGGGACUAAGGAAGCUUUUUAAUACUUCCCGAGAGACUGGGCUGUGGAAGUUUGUGGAAUUGCCUUCUAUUUGUGCUGCAGGGACACAGGCACAAUGUGCAAACCAACCAGGGGAACAGCGUUAGGUAAACGUGUAGUAGCCAUGACUAGUACCAAUGACUAGUAGACAAAAGAGGUGCUGAUCCAGCAGUAGAUGGACUUUACAGAAUAAGAUUUUUACCCAUGCAAGGGGGAGUCUUCCUCUCAGCAGCUUGUUGCCCAGGCCUGGCUGGUGACUUCUACACAUGGGAGAUUGUCUUGUGCUUUUGACUCUGACUGCUCAGGUGCAGAACGGGGUGUCUGAGUAGCCCAGAGGGACAAAUACCCACCCAGUAAACACAACUAAUGUUCUCAGCCCUUUUGUAAACUUACUGAAAUCUGGUUCCUCCAUUUAACACGAGCCACGGGCAGUGUCAGGCCAGAAGGAUUGCUCCUCUUCACUGCUUGGCAGAAAACUCACUGCACCCUGGGAACCCCUCAGCCUAAUCUGCACAGAGCAGCCUGGCCUCUUGUGUCUUCUGCUGUUCUAAAGAGGCUUAGAGGGGAGGCAGAGAACCUAGUGCUAAGACAUCCCUUCCAGGAAAAUUAAAGCCAAAUACUUCCACGGGCUGGGAUUGCCAUAAGAGGUACUGAGGGUAUCUUCAAGCUUUUUUACCUUCUCCAGUUCAUUUUGUAAAAUCCCACGUUCUAAAGUUUUUGCAAAGAUAUAUUUUGAUUACUUCAGAAAAGGUAACAUUUCUAUUUCAGGUGUAAAUAGGUGAUGCCAGCAGCGUUGAAGUAAAGUAGCUAUUUUUUUACUUUUUAAGCUACAGAGAAGAGCUCAACUAUUGCUGCAGUGUGGCACUGUCAGAGCAUAUCAGUAUUAUUGCAAAGUGUAAUACAAAACUGCAGGUGGAACAGUAUCUCUUUCCUCCUAAGCUAGCUUCAGCAAUUUCCUUGUCACAAGAGGUCUUACCAGACACAGAACAGAGUCACUCAGGGAUAGUUUUUUUGUAAACUCAUGGCAGGAGCUAUCAACUUUUUUAUAUAUAUAAAAAAAAAAACAAACACUUUCUUGCCAGUGCCCAACAUUUUGUUUUUGUUGUUGCAAGAAAUACCCAGGGAUGGCUUUUUGGAUUCAGUUCCAACAAGGUGACAGAGUGACUUUCAAUGUUUGCUGCCCCUCUGCAAGUCCCCUGCAGCAUUAACACAGUGUGACCCCUAUGGCAGCUUCACAGGUUUCACCUGCAUAGCCAAGGCAACUGUUUUCUGCAGCUGGGAAAGCAAAAGCUCAACACACAAGCACUUUUUGUAGUGUCAGUUGCAACUUUUCUCUAGCUGGUAAAAGGAAAAAAAAAAAAAAAAAAAAAAAGGAAAGAAAACAAAAUGAAAUCAAACAAAUCUAGUUCUCUUGGCUUUAGAGAGAAUAAUUGGAAAGAUGUGUUGCCCAGGAACAUAUGUUGGGUAAUCUGACUGCAAGAUGUGGAUGCAACACUAGGACUGUGCUGUGGUUUCAGAGUAUCUUUUUGUUUUAAAUGUAGCAUAAUUUAGUCUUCUUGUAUUUCCAAUAUGAAUUGAGUUGUCUUAACUUUUCCUGUAUGCAGUAUUUUGGAUACUUGACGAUUUGGACUUGUCAGUGUUGGUUUUUUUUUUAGUGUUCUGCAUUACUCUGCUUUGGUUCCUAGGGGCCUCGCUGGACAUGCCAUUGCUGCAUUUGUUUUUGCCUCAACCAAGUGUUCCCACUUCUUUUCCUAAUGAAACACAAAAAAAUGAGGAUGGGGCAGCAAUAACCAUGUGUUCUAUGUGUAACUCAGACAUGACCUCUCAUGGUUACCUCCUUCAGACAUGCUCUUCAACCCAGCCACACUGUUCCCUGGCUGUGACAGUAGCUGAGUGGAACAUUCCUUUGCACCUUCUGUAAAUCCACUACUCCUUUUCUAUGCUGCUUUUAGGGUACCUAUAAUAAGGGAAAGAAAAGGUUUGGUCAGGGUAGCUCUGGGCACUGUGGGAGCACAAUCUGCAGUCUCGCCGUGAACCAAAGGCAGCCAUCGUGUGAAAAGCCAACAAGCUUAAGAAUCAAGACUUACUCUUCAGUUCUAAAAUGUGACAGUGGCAUCUCUAACGAGAGGAAUGGGGGGGAUGAUCCCCCCUGGUACAGCUGAUGAGAUCUGCUUGAUGGAAUUCCUUUGUAUCAUUGUGAAUAAUAUUCAGGUUUGUACUAAUGUAUUACGUUUAACUUUGCCAAGAAUGUUUUACAUAAAUACCAAGCUAUAAAGCAUG